AAUGUGCGAGCAGCUAAGCUAAGCUAAGCUAAGCUAAGCUAGCAGUGCGGAUGCAGCUUCAUCCUGUGUGAGGUUUCACUAUGUGGAGGUGCUCAGUGAGGUCGCUGUCAAGGAAAGCAAACGUCCUCCGCGGGCUUUUCUCAGUCCAGUCAGCCAACACUGUCAAAUUCACAUCAAAUGGAUCCUGCAGCGGUGUUUCAGGGAAGAAAUGGAUAACACCCCGCGGGUUUGACACGGGUUUAAAGACUUUCAACAGCCUGACUAAACAGAAAGAGCCUCUCAUUCUGGCAAGAGAGGGAGUAGCUACCUGGUACAGCUGUGGACCCACCGUGUAUGACCAUGCCCACCUGGGCCAUGCAUGCUCUUAUGUCAGGUUUGAUAUCCUGCAGAGGAUUUUGUCCAGGCUGUUUGGAGUCACAGUCGUGCAUGCAAUGGUCAUCACUGACAUUGAUGACAAAAUUAUCAAAAGAAGUUGGGAGGAAAAUGUUUCCCCAACCAUCAUUGCCACAAUGUAUGAAGAUGAAUUCAAGAAGGAUAUGCAGUCAUUAAAGGUGAUUCCUCCUGCAGUGUAUUUAAGAGUCACUGAGAAUGUGCAUCAUAUUGUCGCGUUUAUUGAGGGAAUCAUCAGAAAUGGACACGCUUAUGCCACAAAAGAAGGUGACGUGUAUUUUGACAUCCAGUCCAUUGGCGAUCGUUACGGAAAGUUUGUGGGAGCUGUGGACUCCCAUGCGGAACCUGGCAGCGCAAAUAAACGAGACUCGAGGGAUUUUGCUCUUUGGAAGCGGUCCAAACCUCAGGAACCGUACUGGGAAUCUCCGUGGGGCAGAGGAAGACCCGGCUGGCAUAUUGAAUGCUCUACAGUUGCUAGCUCAGUGUUUGGGAGUCAGCUGGAUAUCCACUCUGGAGGUAUCGACCUGGCCUUUCCUCACCACGAGAAUGAGGUUGCUCAGAGCGAAGCCUAUCACCAGUGUGGACAGUGGGCAAACUACUUCCUCCACUCAGGGCACUUACACCUAAAAGGCAGUGCAGAGAAGAUGUCUAAAUCUUUAAAGAACUAUGUCACCAUCAAGGAUUUCUUGCAGUCUUACUCUGCCAACGAAUUCCGGAUGUUUUGUCUUUUGACCAAAUACAGAUCAGCUGUAGACUACAGUGACAGUAGCAUGUCAGAGGCUCGGACCUCCUUGGGAACCAUCUCCACCUUCAUCCAUGAGGCUCAGGCCUACAUGAAGGGCCAGCUGCAGUGUUCACCUGUACAGGAAGCUUUUCUCUGGGAGAGGUUAGCUGAGACGAAAUCCACUGUGGUGAAAGCACUCGCAGAUGACUUUGAUACCCCGCGAGCCAUUAAUGCUGUGAUGAACCUGGUUUAUCAUGGUAACUGCCAACUCCAGCCGGUUUGUAAGUCUGACGGAGUGGCUCGGAGCCCUGCAGUGUUUGGAGCGAUGGUCAGCUACAUCAGAGAUGUCUUGGAUGUGUUUGGCAUCGAUCUUCUGCACAGUAAGGAUGCUGAUGUUGCGAGUAGCUGUGGAAGUUUGGAGGGCGUCGUGGAGCAGCUGACUUGUUUCAGAAGCAAAGUUCGAGUGUUCGCACUCGCUCGUCAGGAUGGUCCAACCACCGGAUCCCCCAACAAAGCUGGACUUUACCCAGAGAGAAUCCCCCUCAUUCAAGCCUGUGACACCCUCAGAAAGGACCUGGUACCCUUGGGUGUGCUGAUAAAGGAUAGAGGAGCCAACUCGACGUGGGAGAUAACUCGGGGAAAACAGAUAGGACAGACAGUCCCGGACAAAGACCGGGAGACAUCCAGCUGAAAUCCACCUUUGCCUCUGAGACUGAUUCUUUUUUUUAGUCUUGUGGACUCAAUUAAAUGAAAAGACUUUAUGAAAAGAACAAUCCUGAUUUCGUAACAGAAACUCGCUUUAGGUCAAAUGCCUGAUGUGCCUGCCAUCAGUGUUUGAAAAUUCCUUUUUUCAUAAAGCAGAUGGUAGAUUAUAUAAUAAAAUGUCUAUUUAAGUGUUAUAAGUA